AUGUUAUAACCGAGACGUAAAUUGAACCGUGUAAACGUAGUUUGUAAUUAUAAAAAUAUAAGAAAACAGAGAAGCAAAGUGGAAAGUGUUUUUAUUAGUUAAUAUAUAAAAAUCUUCUAAUCAUGUUCCUUUCUUCACGCGCAAUUCGCGCGUUUUAUCAGAACUGUAAAAAUGUUAGAGCACUACAGACUACAACCGUUCGCACAUCGGAUCAGUUAUUUACUCAUAGAGACAGCGAAGUUGAUAACCCAAAAAUACCUUUUGAGUUCAACGAGGCGAACAAAAAGCGUAUCGAAGCACUUCUGAAAAUUUAUCCAGAAGGGCACAAGCGUGGUGCGAUGAUACCUUUGUUAGAUUUAGCUCAACGUCAACACGGAUGGCUGCCCAUUUCUGCCAUGCACAAAGUAGCAGAACUAUUAGGUGUAUCAAAUAUGAGGGUGUACGAAGUAGCUACAUUUUAUACCAUGUUUAAUAGACGACCGAUGGGAAAAUAUCAUAUACAAAUCUGCACUUGUACUCCAUGUUGGUUGCGAGAUUCCGAUUCCAUCGUAGAUGCUGUAACUAAAGCUACAAAUUGUAAAAUUGGAGAAAUGUCGGAAGAUAAGCUGUUUACAGUUUCCGAAGUAGAGUGUCUUGGCGCGUGUGCUAAUGCACCAAUGUUUCAAGUGAACGACGAUUAUUAUGAAGACUUGACUUCUGAAAGCGCAACUGCUAUAAUAAAUGCAUUAAAGAAGGGCGAAAGACCACCGCCAGGUCCACAAAAUUCACCUAGAUUUGCUGCAGAUCCAGCAGGCGGAUUAACAUCAUUGACAUCCCCGCCGCCAGAACCCGGAUUUGGCGUUAGAUCCGAUUUGUAAUUUUACCUGUACAGAGUUAGUGUAUUGUAGAAUCUGCGGAACAUGCAGUACUUUGAAAAAUAAAAGACGACCGACGCAUGGAAAUGCCGAUCAAAGGCGCGGCUAGAGUCAUUUCUCAUCGAGCAUGCUGUCGAGACGUUGAAAAUAUUGUGUGAGAUAAUAAAUUUAUUUUAAUUUUCAUUUAUACGGAAUAAGACGAAAAUCAAGCAUACCAAUUUGUU